AUGGUCUUUGUCAGUUACCUCAACUAUAAGAACAGAAAAUCAAACCAUUACGAAAUGAGCUACUUACAUCCUAAUAUGCAGCAGUUAAAUACUUCAAACUUAAUUGAGAAGCAUGUGAUGAUCUCCAACAAGUUAAAGCUAGUUGCUUAUAAAAUGAAAACUUCCAGAAGCAACAGAGGGGUUUAUCACAAGGACUUGAAGGUACUUCACAAGCCUAACAAGCAAAAAAUAAUUCAGAAGGCUAACAUUAAGAUAUCAGAUUUCGGUCUGAGUGCUUUACCACAACAUCUUAAGAAUGAUGGAUUUUUGCAUACAACCUGCGGGAGUCCGAAUUACAUUGCCCUUGAGGUCCUUUUAAAUAGAGGAUAUGAUGGUGCAAUGUCAGAUAUUUGGUCUUGUGGUGUGAUCCUCUAUGUCAUUCUUACUGGAUCUCUUCAAUUCGAUUUUAGAAACAUGCAUGUUCUUUAUCAGAAGAUAGGUUCAUCAGGGAUAGCUUACCUUCCUCUUCAUCUUCAAUACGAAUUGGCUCCUUAUAUUGUGGUUUCAUCAUCUCUUGAGAACUAG